CGCCAUACUUCGUGUACUUCCGGUGAAAAUAAGUUGUCAGUUUGACAUAUGCACCUUAAUCAUUAGGUAGGAAGAUAACCUAAACUGAAUGGGGAUACACUUCUGAAUUGUAAGGUAUAACCAAAUGAAGCUAUGAUGUCUAUUCUAACAUCAGAGAAAGCAGGUUACAUGACAGUGAAUGAAGUCACUGAAACAACAAGAACAAAUCUUGAUACUGGCCUGAAUGGAAGUGAAGUUAGUCAAAGGAGGAGUUACCAUGGUUACAAUGAAUUUGAGAUUGCUAAAGAGGAACCACUAUGGAAAAAAUAUUUAGGAGAGUUCAACAAUCCACUGAUAUUGUUGUUACUUGCUUCAGCAUUAAUUAGCCUCAUUAUGAAACAGUUGGAUGAUGCUGUUAGUAUAACAGUGGCUAUUAUAAUUGUGGUGACAGUAGCUUUUGUACAGGAGUACAGAUCUGAGAAAUCACUAGAAGCCUUGGCUAAACUUGUUCCUCCCCAGUGUCAUUGUUUGAGAAAUGGUCAGAUAGAGACAUUUUUAGCCAGAGAAUUAGUUCCUGGUGAUGUAGUACAUUUAAUGGUUGGAGACAGAGUUCCUGCAGAUCUUCGUCUUUUUGAGGCCAAUAAUUUAUUGGUAGAUGAAUCAAGCUUUACAGGUGAAUGUAUGCCAAACUUAAAGACGACAAAGGAAAUGAAGAAUGGGCAUGAAAAUGAUAAUGAGAUUCAAGAAUACCCUUGUAUAACAUUCAUGGGGACCAUGGUUAAUGCUGGCAGAGGAAAGGGUAUAGUAAUUGGUACAGGGGAAAAUUCUAAGUUUGGACAGCUGUUUAAAAUGAUGAAAGAAGAAGAGGUUCCAAAAACUCCCUUACAGAAGAGUAUGGACCUACUAGGGAAGCAGCUGUCAUUUUAUUCAUUCUGUAUAAUAGGUGUUAUAAUGCUGUUAGGGUGGCUACAAGGACGAGGUUUACUGGAAAUGUUUACUAUCAGUGUCAGUUUAGCUGUAGCUGCUAUACCUGAGGGCUUGCCAAUUGUGGUGACUGUUACUCUGGCUCUUGGUGUAAUGAGAAUGGCUAAAAGAAAAGCUAUAGUCAAGAAAUUACCAGUUGUUGAAACAUUAGGCUGUGCUACAGUAAUAUGCUCUGAUAAGACAGGGACAUUGACUAAGAAUGAAAUGACUGUUACCAGGAUCUAUGGAGCUGAUGGUAGUCAUGCAGAGGUGACUGGUGUUGGUUAUACUGCUGUUGGAGAGGUGAUCUGUAAUGGAGAUGUUGUAACUGAACAUUCACACUCUUCCAUUAGUAAGGUGAUUGAAGUAGGUGUAAUCUGUAAUGAUGCUGAGAUUUUACCUGAGGGUUUACAUGGACAGCCAACAGAGGGAGCACUAAUAGCUGCUGCAUGGAAGCUGAAUAUCCAUCAUAUACGGGACUUGUAUUUAAGACUCGAAGAAAUGCCAUUUAACUCUGACACCAAGUUUAUGGCAGUUAAGUGUACACCUAAAUAUGGAGAGACAAAAGAGUACAUGUUCUUUGUGAAAGGAGCCCUGGAAAGAAUUCUAAAUAAUUGCAGUAAAUUUUACAACCAAGGAAAUUUGGAAACAUUAACAGAAAAGCGUAUCCUUGAAUACAACCAUCAGGCAUCAGUCAUGGGGAGUUCUGGUUUGAGAGUAUUAGCCAUGGCUUAUGGACCCAGUAUGAACAACUUGGUGUUUGUUGGUAUGGUUGGUAUCAUUGAUCCACCUAGAGCUGGAGUAAAGCAAGCCAUUGAAGAGUUAAUAUCAGGGGGCGUGGCUGUCAAGAUGUUGACCGGUGAUGCAGAAGAAACAGCUAAAGCUAUUGCUGCUAGACUAGGAUUGUAUAAUGCUGGAAACAGAUGUUUGUCUGGUAAAGAAAUAGAAAACAUGGAUGCAGAUGAAUUGUCAAGGGUUAUAGACAGUGUUACUGUUUUAUAUAGGACAACGCCUAAAAAUAAAAAUAAAAUUGUUGGGGCAUUAAAACGAAAUGGUCAUGUUGUUGGGAUGACAGGUGAUGGUGUGAAUGAUUCUGUAGCUCUGAGAAGUGCUGAUAUUGGUAUAGCUGUUGGUUCAGGGACAGAUGUAUCAAAAGAGGCAGCAGACAUGAUUCUUGUGGAUGAUGAUUUCUCUGUUACACUGUCAGCAAUUGAGGAAGGAAAAUCUAUAUUUUAUAAUAUAAGAAACUUUGUCCGAUUUCAGCUUAGCACGAGUAUAGCAGCUUUGUCUUUGAUAGCAGUGUGUACUGUGUUCAAGUUACCUAAUCCAUUGAAUGCUAUGCAGAUAUUAUGGAUUAAUAUAAUAAUGGAUGGACCACCUGCACAGAGCCUGGGUGUAGAACCAGUGGACCAUGAUGUAAUCAAAAGACCCCCAAGGAAGGUCAAAGAUCCUAUAAUUACAAGAAGUCUGAUAGUUAAUAUACUUAUAUCUGCUACUAUCAUAGUCUCAGGAACACUCUGGGUAUUCUGGAGAGAAUUGAGUGACAAUAAAAUAACACCACGAGACACAACAAUGACAUUUACAUGUUUUGUAUUCUUUGAUAUGUUUAAUGCUUUAAGUUGUCGAUCUCAGACAAAAUCAGUGUUUCAAGUAGGACUAUUUACAAAUAAAAUGUUUGUGAUAGCAGUGGGAGGAUCAAUCAUUGGUCAGCUCCUGGUUAUAUAUUUUCCACCUUUACAGGCCGUUUUUCAAACAGAGGCACUUCAUUUAUCAGAUUUUGUUUUCCUGAUACUUUUAACCUCAAGUGUAUGUGUUGUAUCAGAAAUAAGAAAAUUUUUAUUCAGGAAAAGAGGACGGUCUCUUUAUGAAGAAGAAAAAGAUAUACACUUUAUUGUGUAAUCAAAUUAUACUGUAUUUUAUGUUGAAUUGUAACUAAAUUAGAAUGUUAAAAGUUAUUUUUACAAACAUUCCUAUUUUUUUAAUAUGUACAAAGUAAAUGCUGUAAAACUGGUCAAUAUAAAAAAUGUUAAAGUAGAAA